AUGGCAGCGUUCCUUCCACUUCUAGGUCUCUCUCUGUGCCUCACUCAGGCAGGUGCCUCCCACCAUCACCGAAGCCAUCACCACCUGCAUGCCAGGGCCGACAGCAUCGCUGAAUUUACUGGAUAUCAAUUGGCUUCCUCGCCAUCCUUCUCCGAUUCGGGAUUGCCGGAGGAUUGUGAGAAGGCGCUGUACGCGGAAAUCUACUGCGAUGACUACGUGCAGGAACUCUCAGAACCGGUCUACCACGGCUCCCUUGGCGAUGAAUCAUUCACCAAUUCGGUAUGCGCGAGCAGCUGCGGUGACUCUUUGAGGAACUUUCACGACAACGUGGUGGCCAAGUGUGGCACUUCAGCCGAAGCUUUGCCUGGAGUUCCUGCACUUUCCGUGGUCGAUGCCGUUUGGAGUGGAUGGAAUGAGACCUGCUUGCGGGCAUCCAACGGGAGCUUCUGCAAUGACAUUCUGGUGACAUAUCCGCCGGUUAAUGAGUUAUCGGACAUGCCAGCAGCUCAGCUGUGCUCUGAAUGCUGGGUGAGCAAGUUGAAAUUGAUGCAAUCGUCCCCGUAUUCGGCAUACGAUAACGUGUACCAGUCGCAACUGGACUACACUUUGGCUAGUUGCGAUCUCUCAAUGAGUAGUACCGAGCCCACCGAGGGAGGUGUACAGGUUCCUGCCUCGAAUAGCAGCACUUGCUCCACAGAAAAGGAGUAUACCGUGCAGGACGGAGAUACUUGUGAUUCCAUCGCUUUGGCGAAUAGCGUUUCCUCAGGAACACUGUAUGCCGAGAACUCUGCUUUGUUCAACUGCUCGGAGCCAAAAGUGGGCUUGAAACUUUGCCUCCCCGCUGCCUGCGAGAAUGUCUAUCAAGUUCAGCCCACUGAUGACUGUGUCUCGGUCGCGGUGUCAAACGGCAUCUCCUGGAGAGAACUGAUCUCCUACAACGGAAUGCUUUACGACGACUGCUCCAAUUUCGUCGGGGCCGAUCCGAGCUUCGGAACCGUGAUGUGUGUUUCUCCUCCGGGCGGGAAAUUCGAUCUUGGUGUUUCCGACUCGAACAGCACUGCCAGUGGAGUUGAUGGACAGGGUGGAAGUGGAACGGGUUACGGAACCACUCAAGAUUAUUUGGCGCCCGGUGCAACCCUCGCCCCCAACACUACCACGGAAUGUGGCAAUUUUUACACCGUCGUGAGUGGUGAUACAUGCCGCCUUUUGCUGGCGGAAUCGAACACGCCCUUCGACCUCUUUGUGGCUGCCAAUCCAUCCAUAACUUCUGCAAAAUCCUGUGAUUCGGAGCUCGAAGUCGGUCUCACGUACUGUCUGCAUCCCCUUCGAAACUUCAACGAUACGGCAAGCACCACCACCACUGCGCCCUCAACAGUCACCGCUACCUCGACGUCGACCUCAGCUUCGGUUCCCACUUCUACAAAGACAGAUCAAGUUUUGGGGAUUGUUGCUCCACUUCCGGAUAUUGUGGGAGUAGCGAUGAUUUCUGUACCCCUGGCUACUGCGACCCGACGUCCGGCAAUUGUGAUGCAGGCAAUCCGGUUUCACUCGAUGGACUGUGUGGAUCCGUGUCCUCGAACAACGCCACCUGCGCAGGGAGUACAUUCGGGACUUGCUGCUCCAGUAGCGGAUACUGCGGUAGCACUUCUGAGUAUUGCACAGCCGGCCAAUGCCAGCCGGCGUUCGGGAAAUGCAAUUUAG